CGAAAGAAUAGGGUUCGAACGUUUCCUAAAACGUUCCUGGCUGACGUCACAAAUGGUGGAAUGGCUGAAAGCCAAAGGCUAAACGAAACGACGGGGUAGAGGCUUUGAGAUGCGAGAGAAGGUAGAGGGCAAAUGGCUGCCGCCGCGGGUGAAUAAUAAUGCGUAGACGCGAUAGUAGGAGCGAGAAAAAUUGCGUUUAAGCUAGUGUACGAUGUUGGUGAAGGGCCGCUUAUGGGAUAGGAAAAACCGGAGGCAUUAUGGGAAGAACAGCACCAAAGCCGCGGCCGGUAACAAUGCAGGAGGCUCAUCGUCCACGGUGACAGGAUCCAUUUUAAGGAGUUCCACGGCACCCAACAAUCGAACGCACUUAAUUAAUAGGAGAGCAGUUCAUCAGCAACGAGAGCAGCAACAGCAGCAACAGUCUAGAACUCCAUCGAUUUCUUUGAGCGGUGCAACCGCUCAAAAUUCGGAUGAUCAAGAAGCAAGAAUAGUUAACUCGGUGCAAGACGCUUGCGACAAUUCGAACGAUUCUGGUCUUGGCUUUGAAGAACGACAACAACAGCUCAGCGUUUCUAACGCAUGGAACGGUGUCGGUGAAGAGGACUCGAAGAGAAGAAAAAUGGAUAUAAAACUCGAAUCCGAGGAUGCAAAUUUUUCUUUUCCUGAGGUUUCCCAUUCCAGCAGUCCUGAAGGAAAAACUUCGAAUAGAGGUACUAGCAAUGGAAUCGGUCUUAUGGCGAUUUCAGCUGGUAGAACAGGAAAUGGAACCACUGGUACUGUAGGAAGAGUCAUCGGUGUUACAAAACCUCGUCCAGCCAUGGGUGUUUUGGGUAAACGCUCACCGGUAACCCACCAAGGCCCCAUCACUCUCACCUCGCAACUCUCUAGUACGUCUAUAGAUGGAAAGGUACAAUUACAAAUUAUUUGUCAGCCUGAACAGCAACACCGUGCGCGCUAUCAAACGGAAGGUUCAAGAGGAGCAGUAAAAGAUCGCACAGGAAACGGAUUUCCUAUCGUACGUUUGAUCGGUUACGACAAACCGACAACUCUUCAAGUUUUCAUCGGCACAGAUCUUGGCAGAGUGGCACCACACAUGUUUUAUCAAGCCUGUCGAGUUAGCGGUAAAAAUUCAACGCCUUGUAUUGAAAGGAAAAUCGAUGGCACGAUCGUAAUCGAAGUGGAUAUGGAUCCCUCGAAAGAUAUGCUUGUCACUUGCGAUUGCGUCGGUAUCUUAAAGGAACGCAAUGUUGAUGUAGAACACAGAUUCCCGCAAGAAGCAAGUGUACUUCAAGGACGAAGCAAGAAAAAAUCUACAAGAUGUCGUAUGGUAUUCCGAACGACAAUUACGAACUCGGAUGGUAUUACAGAAACAUUGCAAGUUUGUUCACAACCUAUAGUUUGCACUCAACCACCAGGUAUACCUGAAAUUUGUAAAAAAUCGUUAACUUCCUGUCCAUGCACUGGAGGAUUAGAAUUAUUUAUUUUGGGAAAGAAUUUCCUAAAAGAUACUCGUAUAGUGUUUCAAUUGGAUAACAACGAUAUGUCAAGUAAUUUGGAACCACAUUGGGAAUGUGCCGUCUUACCUGAUAAGGAAUUUCUUCAGCAAACUCAUUUAGUAUGCGUUGUACCAGCUUAUAGACGUCAAGACUUGGCUCCUUCGGAAACUGUAAGCGUAAAGCUUUAUGCAAUGUCUUCGGGAAAAACAAGCGAACCACACACCUUUUUCUACACGGCUGCAUCCACUUCUUCUGAACAAUCAAUGAGUAAGGUCGAGUCUAUUACGCCACCACUCGCUACAACAAAUGGUGAGACUGCUUCUCUUUCAACAUCUCCUUCAGCAGUAACCUUGACAACCGGUGUCCCCGCCAACACUUUGGUACCUCCUGCCGCCACAGCAACAUCAAAUUUCUUGACAACCAUGCAAUCUCAACAAGCACCGACUCAGUCGCCAGAAAAUCUUAAAAGUGACCCAAGUCCUCCCCCAGCAGCUACGUCGUCUCAAGUAACACCAGUAAUGAUGUGGGCCUCUCAAUCAUCAAACUGUCAGAAUUCCUCAGCCGAUGUAAUGAUGCCACCUCCAUCCUUAAUAGCGAAUCCUCUUCUAAAUCGACGUUCCUCUUCGAAUCUGCAGCUAAUUCUUCCGGACAAUUUAAAGACAGAAGUACUUGAUGAGAACAGCGAGAAUAGCAUGCUUAGUGAUAAUAGUAUGCAAAGUAUACCAACACCUACGGCAAAUGGUCCAACGGGAACAAGUCCUUUACAACAACUUGUUAACGAGAAUUCCAGAGAAGCCACACAAUCCAGCAUAAUCAGAUCAGUAACCGUACCUACGAAUGGUUCUCCAGUACAAGAAGCUGUUAAUCUUCUUGGUGUUGUGGAUUUAAUGCGUAAUCAACAUCCUCUAACUAUGGUGUCAACUCAUCAAAAUACAUUCGGAGGUAUGCAUGAAUCGUCUCAAGUCAAAGUUCUCAGCCCACAUCAUAUCAACAAAGAUACUAAUUCGAUAUUGCCAGCAGAAAACACUUCUAAUGGCAGUCUUCAGGGUGCCGGCGUUGUCGAUCUCCGUAUGAAGCAUCAUCAAUCCGAUUACAAUGCGUUAUCUAGCUUCGCUGCUUCUUCUGUAGGACAACCAUUGCCAGCUCAAAGCGGUCAUAGUGUAGAAGAAUAUUUGAGUCAUAUUGAAUCUACCGUAUCUACAGUAAAAGAGCAAGAAAAUGCUGAAAGUAACUUCGUAGAUGCCAUGCAGCAACGAGCCUCCAUAAUCACAACCAAUCGACAAACGACUCAACAAUCUUCGACUGGUCUCUUAGUACCUACCGCGCAAACUGCAGCUGUGAAAUUGGACGUGCUAGUGAAUUCUGCUGCAGAAUCUCAUCAAAUUGUUUCGCCUUUGCAAUCGGUAAAUCCGAAUUCUACAAACAUGAUGAACCAUGUCGACGAUGCCAUUUCCAGUCCACAGCAAGGAAGUAGAACAAGUCCACCUAUCCCAGUAAAGACAAUGCUACUCGAAGCUCUGAUGCCACAAUCAGUUCCGCAGUCGGUGCAAUCGGGUGCAAAUGCUGUCUCGUCUUCCGCGUCAGUUCAAGAGUCUCCAUCUAAUGAGAGCUUACUCACAACAAUUAACGCUGCACUUUUGCCACCAGUUACGAUACAAGAAUCGUCAGUAACCGCAAAUGGAACGCCCAAUUCAACGGUUCCGUCUCAUAACACGCUGCAAGUUACAAAUGAAACAAUAGCUACGACGGCUGAUCAUAUUCAGCAAAUGCAAGCUUUAACUCAGCAGGAGGUUGUGGUGAUACAACAGCAAGUACAACAGGUCGAACAAGUUGUUGCACAGGCACAACAACAAGUAGAACAAGUAGUAGCUCAAGUACAACAACAGGCAGUACAAGCUGUGCAACAAGCUCAACAACAAGUAGUUCAGCAAGUUGUGCAACACGCACAAGUCGUUCAACAAGCAGUACAGCAAGUUCAAGCUGUACAACAAGUACAAGCUGUACCCGCGGUUCAACAAGCUGUACAGCAAGCUACACAGGAAGUUGUACAACAAGCUGUACAACAAGCAACUCAAGAAGUAGUUCAACAAGUACAAGCUGUUCAGCAGGCAGUACAACAGGCUCAAGCGGCACAAGCUAUGCAACAAGCUGUUCAACAAGACAUUGGAUCAAUGUUGAAUCAACCAGCAGGAUUUGUGGCAGAAGCAAGUUCAGCUUUGGCUAGCGGUGCUGCUCAAGAACCUUCGCAACAGAGACUAACAACUGCAGCCGAACAAGCUAUCAACAACGUUAUUACAAAUGCUACGAAAGAUAUUAUCAACAAUCGACCAAUCACAACGACCACGGCGCAUGCAAUCAUUGCUACAAAAAAUAUAUUAAACAGCGUAGCGACUCAAAGCGCUCAACUAAUGAACAGUGCUAUGGAAGUGAUUUUACCAAAGUCACCUUCUGGGCAAAAUAAUAUAGUUGAACAAGUCGCUAGCAAAUCGCCACCUGUUGCUUUACCUGUUACUCCCAACAGACAGAACGUCAAUGCAUCCAUACCAAACGCAGCCACAAAUGCUGCUGGUUCUUCCGUGAGAAAGCCUGAAGACGUGGGAAACAUGCUACCUCAGGAACUCACCUCCAUGUCAGAACACGAACUCCUCAAUUACAUUAACCAUAGCUGUUUUGAUCCUCAGGGUGGCUUUUUAAUUUAGUACUGCCACUUUUUUAUCAUAUACGAAGAGUAUAUUCGAUCUGUUUAAUAAAUGCAUCGUGAAGACUCGUCAAGACGUUCGUCAAAAUCGUUUAAUUUUAAUGCAGUAUGAGCGAUUUUUGUGCCACGAUAUCAUUUACGAGUUUGCGUGUGAUAGGAAUUAAGUGUCGAUUUUAUUAUUAUUCUAAUUAUUACUAAUUAUAAUUAUUAUUAAUUAUUAAAUAU